AUGUUGUGGGGGACAGUGUCAAACGCUUUCCACGAUCUUGCCAGGCACAGAGUGUCAUUUUAUGGUGAUAGCUUUGUGGAGUUGAACAUGGUAGAAAUAUCCUCUCAGAUAUCCUUACAGUUACGGUUUCGAACAAGCAAGCCACAUGGACUGCUUUUUCUUGCAGCUGGGACAAAGGGUUAUUGUUUAAUGGAGCUACAUUCAGGAUACUUGGAGGUGAGAAUUAACUUUGGCAUGGGGGAGCGAGUACUGCAUUCUCAGCGAAGAUCUCAGCUGAAUGAUUUAGCUUGGCACCUGGUUGAACUGCAUCAUGAACAUGACAAUGUCACAUUGGUAAUUGAUAAGCAGGAUACAAAUAGUGCUAAAAUGCCUGGAAUUUUCUAUGAAUUAAAUAUUGAUUAUGGAUUCUACAUAGGUGGUACUAGUAAACUUGAUGUUCCCUACCUUGUUGGAGCACUACCUAGUUUCCGAGGAUGUAUUGAUGAUGUAUCAUUCAAUCAGCUAGACAUUCUGAUGCCUCUGAGACCUUCUCCUGGCUUUAAAAAUGUCCAUGAAGUUUCAGUGGGAUGCAGUGAUGAAUUCUUUGCAGAUGAAGAUGAACCCAUUAGUUUCUUCAGUUCCAGAUCCUAUAUUUCUUUCCCAUCGUGGAACGUGGAUGAUGAGGGUAUCUUGGAGUAUACAUUGCAAACCUCAGCCACACGUGGCUUGCUCCUUUACCAUGCUGGGCAAGUGGGAGAUUUUAUUGCAAUGGAAAUAGAAAAUGGACUGAUUAAAGCCCAUGUUGGAAAAUUUAGAAGUAGAACCCAGCUUUCCUCUCAUAAGUCAGUCAAUGAUAGUCAGUGGCACUACAUCAGACUGAAAUUUACUGCAGAAUAUUUGCAGCUGACACUGGAUGAAGAAACUGUGAAAAAAUCAUUGCCUCCCUACAGUAAGCUGCCCCUUCUGGAGGGGUCUCUCUUUGUAGGUGGUGUAGAUGACAGGACACGAUCAGAAGUGAUGAAGUUAGAGCUAGUCUCAGUGCCUGGGAAGUAUGCCAGAGGAGGAUCCUUCAAAGGUUGCAUACGAGACCUGAAAACCAAUUCAGAAAAGAAAUCGCUUAAGAAUGUUCUGGUAACAAAGGACAUUUCAGCUGGAUGUGAAACAAAGAGUGCUUUUAAUACAAACCUUUCUUUAGAGAUGGCUGUGAAGAGCCCUACUGUGAAAGCAGCCCCAACAUUUGCCGUUUCCUCUGAAAACUCUGUCUUUUCAGGCAAGGAAGACAAAAGCCACUUUUUACUUAUUAGUAACUUGACUGUGCUUGAGGGUGGACAAGCUUUACUUGAAUCUAAACAUAUUGAUGUCAACUUAGACUUUCAGAAAUUAGGUAUUCAUCUAUCACAAAUUCUUUUUGAAAUUAAAAAAAUGCCCUCUCAUGGAAACUUGAAAUUGGAUGUUGAACCAGCACAGGAGGUAAAUACAUUUACUCUGCAGGACAUACGGCAAGGGAAGAUUCUCUAUGUCCAUGAUGGCUCUGAGGGCACUUAUGAUUCUUUUAAUUUCUCCAUUUCUACCAGCAGGCAGAAGAUUGUGCCUCCAUAUUUGCAAGGAAGUGAGCAGCACGUGUUUAGCAUUACUGUCACUCCAGUGAAUGAUGCACCUGAAAUUAUACUUCCCAAGGGAAACUUGCUUCUUCUCUUGGAGAACUCAAAGAAACGUUUGACUACUGAUCUGAUAAAAGUUCUAGAUAAGGAUACAGAUCCUGCUGGUCUGAGUCUUUCAGUGCUUGGAAAUCUGAAUGCAGAAGUAGGGUAUUUAGAAGAUUCAAAGCAUCUUGGAAAAGCUAUUACUACUUUUUCUAAUGAGGACUUAAGAGAAGGCACUGUUUUCUUUGUUCACAGAGGCAUCAAGAACUCAAGGAUUGUUCUGAGGGCAAGUGAUGGUGAGAAAGUGAGCAACACUGUUGUGUUACGCAUCAUGGCAGUUCCAUUGGAUUACAGAGUUGUUAACAAUUUGGGAAUAAAACUACUCCAAGGUUUUACAGCUCUGAUCACACCUAGGCAUCUUGCAGUUGAAACAAAUACCAACCUCCAGGAGCUGGAGAUCCGCUACGAGAUCACAGAACCACCCCAGUUUGGGGAAGUCCAAAGGCAGCAUUCACGGGGGGAAUGGAAGCGAGUCAGCUCUUUUUCUCAACGCUCUCUUGAGCGCAGCCGUGUGAGAUACUGUAGCACUUUUAAAGAAAUACAGCUGGGAAAUGUUACUGACCAAUUUAAAUUCAAAGUUAGUAUAGGAAACAGAAUGAGUGAAGAGCACAUGUUUCCAGUCAAAGUGAAAUGGUUGAGAUACAGUUUAUUGAAACAUGCUCCUCUAGAAAUUGAAAAAUCAAAGAAGAAGUACUUGAAUUCAGAUAAUCUUUUUGCUGUUAUUGUGGAUCUAGAAAUACCUGAAGAUGAGCUUAAUUUUAAAUUGCUAUCCCUACCAAAGAAUGGACAGAUACUACUUAAUGACCAGCCUUUGGAAAAAGGUUCGGUCUUUAGCCAGAAAGAUAUUACUGAUCAAAAAGUGGCAUAUGAAUUAAACUGCAGAUAUCAUGGAAAUAACAUUGAUUUAUUUCAGUUCCUCAUUUCUACAAAGUAUCUGGAAUCAAAUGUGUACAGCUUUGAAGUUUACAUCAAAUCAGAUUUCAGAAACAUCAUUUUGACUAACAAUGGCCUUAGAGUUACUGAAGGUGAAGGAGAGUUAAUAACAAGCACAGAGCUGUUUGUGCAAACACCAGAUAAUAAAACUUUCCAAUAUAAAGUUGUACAGUUUCCUAAACAUGGGAAAUUAAAACUCAUUAAUUUUUCAGGCUCAUUCGAAAAUAAUGACAAUCUCACCACUUUCACUAACAAAGAUAUAACUAAUAAGCAUCUUAUGUACGUGCAUGACGAUUCAGAGACAGUGUUUGAUGAAUUUCUUGUCAGAGCUUUCAGUUCCAGUGAAGAGUCAGGAAACUGGACAAACUUGGAUCCUGAAGUAGAACCUUUGUCAGUAGAAAUUAGAUUCAACAUUUCUGUCCAGCUGAAGAAUGAUGAGAAACCAGUACGUGUAAUUGAUAAGAUAUUUAACAUAGUGAGAAAUGGGCAGCGAUUACUGACUUUGUCAGAUCUUUGCUAUCAUGAUCCUGAUUCUGAUUUUGAUGAUGGACAGUUGCUAUAUACUAGACGUGGCAUUUCCAAUGGAGAGUUGGUGCUAACAAAUGAUACUUCAUACAGACUCUACCAAUUUAGACAAGUGGACCUGGAGCAAAAGCAAGUCCUGUUUAUACACCGUGGUGCGGAUUUUGGGCGUUUUGUGCUCUUUGUGACAGAUGGCAAACACUACACCUCUUUGCUUCUAGAAGUUAGUGCCACUGAUCCUUAUGUUAAGUUGGCAAAUAAUACAGGCUUGUUGGUUCAAAAAGGGAAAGAGGAAGCUGUUACAACAGCUAACCUAAGUGCUAUUACAAACCAAGAUAUAAGAAACAAUCAUGAACUCAUAUAUGAGAUAUUCUCUUUCCCAAAAUAUGGAAGAAUAUACGUAAAUAAUCUGUUAAUGGAUACCUUUUCUCAACUUGAUCUGAUAAAGGGGUAUGUGACCUACAGGCAUGAUGACAGCAGCAAUUUUAUUGAUGCAUUUAACUUUACGGUGCAUGCUAGAGAUGUCCAUCUGGAUGCUGGACUGCAUGUUCGCAUAUAUUUGGAAAGUCAUAAGUGGCCACCAACAGUUGUGAACAAAAACCAUCUCUUGGUUGAAGAAGGAAAACCAGUUAAAAUCAGUAAAGGAAAACUUCAAGUUGUUCAUGAAGACAGUUCUCCAUCUGAGAUUGUGUUCACAGUAACACAGUUUCCAGUGCAUGGAUACAUUCGGAAGUUUUCCUCAGAAGAAAGUUAUCUCAGUGCUGACCAAAGACCAGUUUUGAGCUUCACACAGCAAGAUGUUGAUGAGGGCAAAGUUCAGUAUGUGCAGACAGUUCCUGACCAACUGGAUGACCGUUUUUCUCUGGAUGUGACUAAUGGUGUCCAAACAGUGAGUGGAAUAGAGGUCUCAGUAGACAUCAUCCCAAGAACGAUUCCACUGGAAGUACAGAACUUCACUGUGACUGAAGGGGGCUCUAAAGCCCUGGUGGAAGACUAUCUAAAAAUUUCUAGUAGACACUUUGUUGGACUUAGCUGUGAAUUUGUUUUAAUUGAGCAGCCAAAACAUGGGUAUGUCGAAAACUCUCGUGUUCCUGGAAUAAAGUUAACUACAUUCACCAGAAAACAGGUGGAACAAGAAUUAAUCUACUAUGUUCAUGAUGACAGUGAAGAACUGAUGGACAAUUUUACUGUGAUAGUGAAUAACACAGAAUUAUGGAAACAAAGCUUGCCCAAAAGUUUUGUAACAGUUACUGCAGUAAAUGAUGAAGCUCCUGUUAUAAGAGUUAACAGAAUUCUUCGGGUCUGGGUGGGUUCAGUCACAGAAAUAACUAUUGAUGACCUCUGUGCAGAAGACAAGGACUCCACACCAUCAGAACUCAUAUAUUCUGUUACUCAGCCUAGCAAUGGGCUUGCUCUGAAGUCUUCUCCAAACAAGAGCAUCUUCUAG